UGAUGCCUGGCAGGCCUGGACUGGAGCCAGAGCUCACACUCUCCCCAGUUGCAUGUACUUCUUCUGUUUCCGGCUCUGUAAGACAGAUGCAACAAUGUCCGCCAGCACUGUAGUUGUCAAGACUGAAUAUAUUUGGGCGUCGAACUAAUUGAACCAAUAUUUACUGGCACCUGCUGUGCCAAGUGCUGUCCUGAACACUGGGGGCACAGUGGUCAAGCAGACAGGGCCCUCAGUGCAUACCUUACACUCAUGAACCACAGAGAGGAACACAACGAUCAGGACCACCAGUGGACCCUCGCUGCAAUUCUGCUCUCCCGAGAUCUCAGCCAGUCCUCAGUCUGGGAACUCGGCCCAUCUGCGACCCAGAGCCCCACGUGCGAGACCAGCCGGAGACGACUCCGCCCCUUCCGCUCUACAGAGUAGCCAAUGAGACCUGGAGGCUGACACUUGGGACCAGCCAGAAGUGGGCGCAUUCACGUGUUUGUGACCCCGCCCCUUCCGCUCCGGGAGACUGGCCAAUGAGGGCGAGAAGCCACUUCUGGGGGCGGAUCUGGUAACGGAAAGGGGCGGGGUGCCUUUCCGAGCUUGGACCUCGUGCCCCAGGCUGCGUAGGUGGACGGCGGAUCCUGACGCGAGCGCAGGCGGUGCGGGAGAUGGCUGAUUCUGAUCCUGGAGAAAGAAACUAUGACAACAUGCUGAAAAUGCUGUCAGACCUGAAUAAAGACUUGGAAAAGCUACUAGAAGAGAUGGAGAAAAUCUCAGUGCAAGCCACAUGGAUGGCCUACGACAUGGUGGUGAUGCGCACCAACCCCACACUGGCGGAGUCCAUGCGCCGGCUGGAGGAUGCCUUCCUCAACUGCAAGGAGGAGAUGGAGAAGAACUGGCAAGAGCUGCUCACUGAGACCAAGCACAAACAGUAGGCCCCCUGCCCACCCACGGCCACCGUGCUUCUGCCUGCCAGUGUGGAGAAGCCCCGGGGACACAGAGCCCUCUCUGCUUGGCAGGGUAACAGCAACCGUAAUAUAUAGCUGUAUGAACUGUACUUGUUUUUCAAUAAACUUAUU